AUGGACAUCGUCAACAAAGUCCAGCAGUAUAUCGAAAAAUGGGAAUCUGGUGGAUUAGAAAAAUGCCGUCAAAUCCUUAUUGCUCCCCACUCCAAUCCUUCCGACCCAGACAGCAAUGACAUUCUCAUGAAUGCAUACCAUGCUCUUCUUGUGUCCACGCUUCUCAGCUGGUCUCCGCGGAAUACUCUCACUGUGGAUACAUUCGUAGAGUUUGUUCGUUCUGUGCUCGAUCACCUCCCAUCCUCUUCCCUCGCUCCGCAAACGUCCCAGAAUGUCGUUAUAUUUGGGGAACUGCUUGUCGACGUCGCCUGGACCAUCGAUGCUGAACUGGAGGAGCUUUUGUUUGACACAAAGGGAAUCGUGACAAAUGCUGAGCAAGCCGACUCAGAUUCAGUGUUGGACAAAGAUGUGCUGACGAGAGGUCUGCGCAUCAAGCAGAAUGCUGAGUCGGACAAGGAUAUUUUAGCGAGCUUGUUGAAACGUCUAUUGUCGAUCGGCAUCCUUGACGCCGGUGUAUGUAGGGAGAGAUUGGAUUCAGGGUUAAUGGUGGCCGCUGGGCUGAUUCCGGACAAGACAACGUUCGAUAGAAAAGAGAUACGCACGCGAACUAGUCUUUUGCAAAACAAGUUUAACUUGCUCCGCGAGCAGUCUGAGGGGUACAGCAAGCUUGUUACUGAGUUAACUAGUCGCUUGGGCCCAGCGCAUGCGUCCGCUACGGGCUAUCCUAUUGAGUGUCGUGCUGCUAUAGAGGCUCGAGCGCGACCGGCCUGGGAACGAAUUGUGGGGCUGAUUGGAUACUUCGAUCUCGACCCUAACCGCGCACUUGAUAUUGUCCUCGACGUCUUCUCUGCGCAUGUUGCAACUCAUUACGCGUUUUUCCUCGUAUUCCUCUCGUUCUCCCCUUGGUCUCUUCAUCCACAAAAGCUGGUUUGUGGUGACGAUGAAGAUGGCAUGACGGUUGAGGCUGACCUGAAUAGGUUUCGAGGCAAGACGCUAGACGAAGUUCUUUUGUUGGCAGAAAAUUCAUUAGGCAAAAGGGGACCGGAUGAGCAGCAGCCUCUUGCUGCGGGCUCCAAUUCCCGGGUGCUAGCACAAGUCCUUGGGUUUAAGUUUGCUCACUAUCAGCUUUCUGAAAUUACUGAACAUGUGCCUCGCAAUUUGUAUCUUAUGGCUGCGUUGCUUAUACGCCAAGGUUUCAUCUCUCUGGAAGAGUUAUACACCCACAUCUCUCCAACGGAUGAAGAUAUGGACGUGUUGCAUCAAGAAUAUCUGACCAAAGUUGAAGAACGAAUAUCAAACGCUAAAAUCAGUCAGCUUGCGAUGGCUGCUCCGCUGGAAUCGUCUGGAAGUACUAUCAAGCCUAAGCCCCCUACCACGGCUGAAGCUACAAAGACAAGCAAUUCCAGCGGCAUCCCGAAUCAGAAACUUGGCUUACUGAAUGCCUUGCUUUCUGUUGGAGCGUUGAGGCCUGCCAUCGCUAUCUUAUCCAAGUUUCCUUGGAUGAUUGAUGCAUUCCCCGAACUUGCUGACUUGAUGCUUCGCAUACUGAAACACUCUUUGGCAUCAUUGUACGAAUCAAGCACGAACACAAAAGAUCGAAAUACUAGCUUUACUCAACCUCGUGGUCGGUAUGGCACGUCUGGCAUGAUCCCGGCCCCAGAGCGGAGGCAGCACCUCACGUUGUGGGCACCUACCCCACCCAGUACCAGUGCGAUUGAUUUCGUUUUUUUCUUCCCAGACUGGGUGCAGCUAGUUCCAACUUGCUCGUCUCUGGACGACUUGGUAGAGGUGGUCGAGCCGUUAAUGCGUUUCAUCGGCUUGCAUGUUUCUCGCGAUCCUGCUUAUCUGACCAAGUUCCUGCGGCUUGGCCGAAUGCAUAUGGGGACUACGACCGCCACUGAUCCUGAAACGAAGAAACCGAUACCAGCGGAUAAUCUUGAUAGUCCAAUUCGCUCAUUCUGGUUUAAUAUAUUACGCCGAUACUUGCUUCCGGCUUUGCCACUGAUUCGUGGCAAUGCUGUUUGCACAGUGGAGGUGUGGAACAUCAUUCGGCAGUACGAUACUAUUCUUCGCUGGCGAUUGUAUGGCGAGUGGAAGUCAAGCACGUACCGUUCACAUCCAGAAUUACGGAUUCGACAAGUACAGUCAGACCGUGAAUCGAAGGGGAUCUUGCGUCGGCUGUCACACAACACCAUAGAAUCGCUUUCUGGAACCGUUGCGAAGUUGGCCCACUCGAACCCAUGCAUAUUUUUCACCAACGCGGUCAACCAGAUUAUGGCGUACGACAAUUUAGCCGGUGUGGUUAUUCAAGCUCUGAACUACGUGACAAUCAUGGGUUUUGAUGUAUUGGUAUUCAUCAUCUUGGAUGCAAUGGCGAACCCGAACAAGGAUCGAGUCAAGGAUGAUGGUGUCAAUACUUCCGACUGGCUGCAGAGCCUCGCAUCAUUUACUGGCAUGCUGUUCCGCCGCUACAGUGCUGAUUUGACUCCUCUCCUCAAGUACAUUGUUCAUCAACUUCAUAGUGGGCAGACGACGGAGAUCAUCGUAUUGCGAGAGUUGAUCUGGAAAAUGGCUGGAAUUGAGCCACUCCCCAGCUUGUCUGAUGCACAAAUCGGUGCAAUGGCUGGUGGUCCGACGCUCCGCAUUGAGGCAGUAGCGUCAAACACCCGAGGUGCACGUCUUGAUCCAGGUGAUGCUGUGUUGAAAGGUCCCCAGCGCCUCGGCAAAUCCUUGUUGGAAUCUUCGCUCGCAUUGCCUCUGCUCAUUCAGGUUGCGCAACAGCGACAAUCGUGCGUUUUCAAAGCCCCCAAUGCACAUCUUAAGUCGCUGGCUAGUCUAUAUGAUACGACGCAUGGAGUGCUUUUACAAUACCUCGAGCUUCUGACUACGCCCACCGUCAUCACAUCGCAGGAUUAUUCUGAAAAGAUUGUUCCGUCGCUGGUUGAGCUUAAUGACAAAUAUGGUAUCUGUGCUCCGAUCUGCAUGCAGAUCAUUCGACCCAUGUUGAAUGUUUCAUUACUAUCGGCCGCGUUGGCGAUGCAAGAAAGGGAGCGAUUGGCCAGCGAGGAGGCGGAGAAGCGUCUCAAAGCGGCACUCACUGCGAAGCGCGAACCUAAUACAAGCUCCCGGGUUGCGUCACCAAGCGUCGGAGAGUCUUCGAUAGGUAUCGACCCGACGUUGGACCCGAAACCGUCGGCGGCGGUGGAUAUUCAAAUGACGGAUGCCGAACCACUAGACAAUCAGGUUCUGACAACAACGUCAUCACAAGAGACUCCGUGGCUGUCGGAGUUGUAUAUCCUGUUUGAAGAUGUCAAGAAAAUCGCCCCCGGGAACGUCGCUGAGGUUAUAGGACCAGCGUUCUACCUUACCUUUUGGCAGUUGUCGACAUAUGAUCUUGCGCCUCCUAUAGCUAGAUAUGACGAAGAAUGCUCAGCGUUGCGGACACUGAGUCGCCAAGAAGAUGCGAAAUGGGUUGCUGCUGAUCGUUCCGCUGACAGGACUAAGCGGCAAACGGCUUAUACGCAUAGGGAUAAGCGCAAUCGCUACAACAUGUACGUGAACAUGCUAGGACAAGAAUUGAAAGAGCAAACCAUAGCGCGUGCAUUCACGAUCAAGCGACUUGCUCGCGAGAAGCAGCAUUGGUUUGCUCAUAACCCGAAGGCCGCUCCUUUGGCUUCGUCACUGGUCGAGCACUGCUUUCAACCGCGAUCUCUUCUGUCACCUAUGGAUGCAGAUUUCUGUGCUCAAUUCAUUAAAGUCAUUCAUAUGCAAGGCACCCCUGGUUUCUCCACUCUCAUGUGUUACGAUAAGAUCUUGGGAGAUCAUAUCAAGACUGUUGUUUUCUCGUGCAGUGAAUACGAAGCACGCAAUUACGGUCGUUUCUUGCUCGGUGUUUUGACGGAUCUUUCGAAGUGGUUCCAGGAUGAGCAGCUUUUCUCUCAGGAGAAUCGUAGUAAAACUGGCGGGAAAAUCGUCUAUCUUCCCGGACUUCAGAGACGGUGGUCGCAGAAACCUAUCAUCGCCGCGGAAGAUAUCAUUAUGUGGCAGGACUACAAGACCAUCGUGCGAAAAUGGCAUAGGAAAUUGUGCAAAUGUCUUCUGGACUGCAUAGAGACAGGAGAAUUCAUGCACGUCUACAAUGCUAUCAUUGUUUUGAAAGAGAUCCUCCCCGUUUUCCCUGUUGCUGCUGUAAACGAGUGGGCAGGAGGAAGCCUCAGCAUGGCAAUGGAGAGGUUCCUGGACAAAGAAACUCGUGGCGACCUCAAGAUUCUGGGAAGGGCGUACACGGCAAGCUUAAGAAAGCGAGAAUCGAUUUGGUUGGCCCCAAAGCCUCUCCCCAAGGCUGCCUCUACCACUGCCACUCCUAAACUCGCUAUGAAUGGUGCCGACAAGAGCCGAAAUAACACGCCGCCUGUUGUGUCCAAUCCUACCCCUGUGGACAAUCGGCCUAAAUCUACAGCACCUUCUGCCCCUAGAGUACAGCCGGCUGCGGAUGGUGCGAUUUUUACUUCAGGCGAUCGCCCAAGCACGAACCCGACCAAAAUAGCCCUGGAGAGCGUCCCGAGACCCGAGGUUGUGAAAAGGAUCAGACAUGAUGCAAAGAUUACAGAAGAACCGAAAGAUGAGGGAGAGGAUGUGAAGGAGUCCUCUAAAGCUAGUGGGAUGGAUGUUGACCAACCCACCCGACAUUUGGAUGGCGCCACGCCCACAGCUCCGCGUGCAUCUCGUAUGAAUUCGACGAAUGAAGAUGUGUUGAUGGGCGAAAACCAAGCUGCAACUGUCGACUCCCAAGCUGUGCCUUCUAACAAGGAUCUGGCUCGUGUUACCCAGGUGGCUCGACCAUCUACGCCCAUCCAGUCUCUGAACGGUCGAACAUUGGUUAGCAGAGAUGUCUCCAAUUCUCCACGUCCUGAUGACCAGAAAAACAUGCGCACGAGCGUAUCGCAAACAAUGCCUCCACCCUCUAUUCCAAGCCAAACUUUCUCCGCAGAAAUACUACGAGAGACUGCUAAGCAAAGUCGCGGUUCGUCAGAGAAGGUCGAAGAAAGACAAUUACCUAUAGAACCUCGCGGCCAAUCCACGGCACCUUCUCCCACUUCGCGUCGCCGAUCUCCUACGCCCCCCAGUCGCCCGGGUACUCGAAACCCAAGCUUGGAAAGUCGUGCUAGUGGAGGUCGGCGUUCUAAUCGGGGAGAUGGCGAGCGGCCUGACGACAAACGUCAAGAUCGGGACACUCGGCAAGAUGGCAGAGACGUUUCCCGCCGAGAGACUCCAUCCCAUCCGCGGGGUGAACGCAGCUCCCGGAGUACCCGUGACUCUGACCGGGACAAGGAGUCAGAGAGGGACAGAGACAGAGAACGGGGUCGUGACCGUCAUGGAGAGAGGGAGAGAAUGCGAGAGCGAGAUAGGGGAGACAGAGACAGAGAGAGGGACCGAGACAAAGAUCGUGAAGCGCAUAGAGAGCGCGAUCGGGAACGGGACAGGGAUCGUGAUAGGGAUCGUGACCGUGAUCGCGACAGGGACAGAGACCGACACCGGCGAGAUGAAAAGGAUCGAGAACGGGAGAGUAGGAAGGAGCGUGAUAGUGGAAGCCGCUCUGCUGCUCUUGCGGCGUCGAGUGGCCCGCUCAUCGACGAACGUGGUUUGCCCGCAAGACCGGAUGUACCCCGUCAUCGUGACACACAACAUGGGGACGAAACUUUGGGCAAGAGGAGAAGAACUGAAGACGAGUCUGAUCGGUCCUCCAAGCGAAUCUCCAGAAAGGAGAGUCAUCACGAUGAGAGGAGUCGUCGUUCGUCCGAGAAAGACGGUCGCGAGAGAACUCGGGAGUCAGAUCGACGAAGGAAAGACCGAGAUCAGGCGGAGAGUGAGAUUAGAAGCCUGUCUAUUGACACAAAGUUUGGUGACAAGCGUCCGCCUGAGGCUCCAGCAUCAGCGUCGAAAUUGCUGCCAUCCACAACACCAUCUGCCCCGCGCGCAAUGGCAACUGGGGAUAGUUCGAGACUGGUCAGAUCUGACUCAUCUGGACGCGAUCGCGAUUGGAAGACGCAGCAUCUGCCUUUGAGUGGAUCCGAGGGUGUAAUCAACAACGAUCCAGCCGCUCAAGAAUCUCUGCAUGGUUCAAGUGGUAGUCUCCGUGCUCGCAUAAGUGAUAAGGAGGCUCCCAAGUCGAUUCCGCAAGCACCUGCCAGUUAUCGUCUUGAUACCACAUAUGAUUCACCAAGUAGGGACGAGGAGCGUGACGGGGGUAGGAAGCGAACGCUCUCAGAGCGAGAGAAGGACGCGGGUGACGCAGUAUCCAAUCCGAACGAUCAAGCUUCCCAGCUUCCGAAACGCCCUCGAAUAAAUCGCAAUCGUUAUCCGACAGCGGCUCCUACUCAUGGACUUGCUAAGAAGCUCCUACCCAUAGACCCAAACGCAGACAAGACCCGUAUUAGUCGCAACAGCUGA